CUAAAAAUAAGUUGCAUCCAUAGUCUGAAACGAUUGUUAAAAUGCCACAAAAUUCCCAUUUCUGAUCUAGAACACAUCCAGCGCCAUAAAUCAGGUGAAAUAUUGAGGUGAUAUUCUAGUAUUUUACCCUCUAUGUUGCAGCUCCUCUCUGGACUCCCUGCAGGCUGCUUUGAUGUUUGGACUGCCUCCAGAGUGGCUGAGAAACAGGCAGCUGAACCUGUUUACUCCUCAUGUAGGAUGCUCCUCUUUGUGGGCCUGACCGUCUUCCUCUCCGCGAGUUGUUCCAUGGAGAUGAACCAGACCUCCAAGCUGCUGGUGGAGGGGGGAGAGCAGUGCUCAGCCUGCGACUUCCGGGAGCACAGCAAGCAGAUGAGGCUCCACAGCAUCAAGUCUCAGAUCCUGAGUAUCCUGCGGCUCGAACAGGCUCCCAACAUCAGCCGGGACAUGAUCCGCCAGCUGCUCCCCAAAGCGCCUCCUCUGACGCAGCUCCUGGACCAGUACGACCCGCGCGUGGAGGAAGAGGACCACGCCACCACGGAGACAAUCAUCACCAUGGCCACCAAGCCUAAUCCGGUGCACCUGGAGGAGUUGUCCUCUUGUUGUCUGUUCAGCCUCAGUCCGAAGAUCCAACCCAAAAACAUCCUGCGCGCUCAGCUGUGGGUUCACCUGCGUCCAGCCGACAUAGUCACCACCAUCUUCCUGCAGAUCUCCCGCCUCAAACCGGGGAGGGAGGGAAACAACACCCGAGUCCGAGUCCGCUCCCUGAAGAUCGACGCAGACGCCGGCGCCGGAUCCUGGCAGAGCAUCGACAUCAAGUCUCUGCUGCAGGCCUGGCUGCGCCAACCGGAGAGCAACUACGGCAUCGAGAUCAACGCCUUCGACUCUAACGGAGAAGAUCUGGCCGUCACAUCAGUAGAGCCCGGAGAGGAAGGGCUGCAACCGUUCAUCGAAGUGAAGAUCCUCGACAGCCCCAAGAGAUCCCGCCGUGACUCUGGGCUCAACUGCGACGAGGAGUCUUCGGAGACCCGCUGCUGCCGCUACCCACUCACCGUUGACUUUGAGGAGUUCGGCUGGGACUGGAUCAUCGCGCCCAAGCGCUACCGGGCCAACUACUGCUCGGGGGAGUGUGAGUUCAUGCACCUGCAGCAGUACCCGCAUGCACACCUGGUGAACAAAGCUAACCCUCGGGGCUCGGCGGGGCCCUGCUGCACGCCGACCAAGAUGUCGCCCAUCAACAUGCUCUACUUCAACCGCAAGGAGCAGAUCAUCUAUGGAAAGAUCCCGUCCAUGGUGGUCGACCACUGCGGAUGCUCCUGAGAGAAACCGAGGUGUCUGCAGGAUGAAAGGGAUGCAAAUAUUCAAAGCAUUUACUUUUCCAUGUAUGGAGAGCGAGGAGUAUUUACAAGGACAAUACUUCCAAAAGCUUUUACCAGCUUUACAAUAUAUAGUUAUGCAAAAUCUAAUGUUUUUAAUGACUGUCCACUAGUGGGUAAACAAUGCACACAACAAUAAGUGUCCCUGCUGCUUCAUGUCCUCAUGUCCUAUGAAAACCUGUCCUGAUUUGAGCCUUGACCAGAGCAAACCCUGCAGGACUUCUUUCAUGUGCGCCCUUAUUUUGAAAAACAUGAACCUAACGACCGAGCUUACAUCGACCUUUCCCUUCCCAAAGCUUGUCUGCAAACUCCUCGCUGUGAUCUGUUUUUUUAAGAGCGUAACAGGGAUAGGGAGAAAUAAAUGUUUUUAACCUGACCAGCACAAGGAAAAGCUCUGAAAUCAAACACAGUUCUUAUCACUGGAUUGCAUCACAUAACAUGUUCCUUCUUCUGUGCAAUUUCUCUUCUUCAUGUUUCCUAGUUUGCAUGCACUACACAUUCACAGGAUAAAGACUGGAUGGAUACUAGAGUGCAUCAUUUAACUACGCCUUGUAGUGAUACUGACAGACCCUGGUGUACAAUUCUACAUCACUGCAGCAGGUGAGACGCUGAACCACUAGAGGUCAGCAAAAACACGAUGUAAGGUGAUGCAAGACAUUAAAAUAAAUGCUACUAGAUCACCAGCUACAAACAACAUGAGGAGCUACACUGAUUUACACAGCUGUAACCCCAAACAAGACCUUUAACUUGAACCCUAAUCAUACUUUAAUCAAGUUCUCUCUGAUCUAAAAAGCAUCUCUGACUGGUGAAGUAGUGCACAAACACUCAGGGAAGUUUUGGAUCCAUCUGCCAAUUUCAAUGUGAGCGCAGAAACUGUGAUCUCAGAGGGAGGUUUGAUCUCAACCCGAAAGCCAUGUGCAGAUGUCCUGAGUGCUGUUGUUCUUCACGGGGCUUUCUGACCCAAAAGUCUUUGUUCUGCCGAUGGAACAGAACGUCCGCGUUUGUGAGUCUGCAGCCAACAUGCAACAUGCAAGAUUGCUUUGCUUACCUGCAGGAAAAAAAGGCAGAUUCAAGCUAUUUUUAUUGCUUCAUUAUGCUCAACCCCAUAGAGGUGAUAGCUUUCAUUAAAUAAGGCACAUUUAUCCACUAGAAUGAAGAUAUGCAUUGAAGAAAACCUGAUUAUUCCACUUUAAAUCAUGCAUUUACAGUACAUGACUUUAAUGUCCCAUAAUCAAAACUGAAGACCAGACUGUAGGAUUUCACCUUCUUCACUGUGAUUGCAGAUUUAUUUCAAGGUCAUUUUAAUAAUACAGAUUGUGAAGUGAAGACUUUUAAGCUCUGUUUUUCUUCCUGGCUAAUAAUAUGUUCUUCCAAUAAAUAUUGCUGUAAAAAUGUUAUUUAUAUCUGCAGUCAAGAACUUGACCUUUAUGACCUGUGUGCUUUUUCUCUGUACAUGCAUGAUCAUAAAUGUACCAUACAUAUUUAAACUGUGGAGAAAUUAAUACACGAUUAUCUAUUUUAUUAUCACAUAUUUAACCUUGUUGUGGUACUAACAGGCUUGGAUGCAUUUGUAAAUUGUUAUACAUAAUUAACAUUUAACGUUAUUUUAAUUUCAUAUAGAUGUUGUUAUUGUUGUUUCUGGGGCCAAAUGGGUCACAGUUGUAAACAAGUGUUUAUUUCUGCCCCCCAAAAGGCCUUAUU